UUUUUUUUUUGGAUAACCUUUACCAUACCAUGUCAGCGUAGCUACAGUGGCUCCCACUGCUCUACGGAUGAGAUGAAUCUAUUCAUUUCACUGUAGGUUUAUGAUGGAUGACCAAAAUGAGUGCGUAUGUGUGGAGCCCACUUGAAUCGAGAUGCAAGAAUGCAAGAUUGAAGCAUUGCAGACGCAAGGGGCGAAACAAAUAAAACGCGCCGAUCCCAUUUUCUUUUUCUUUUUCGUUCUCUCGGUUCUUCUCCUCCCACCUUUCUCAUCAUCAUAGCCAUUAGCGACCAGAGAGAGAAUGGCGUGCAUGCACGAUCACAGCUGCGAGGAUCACAACUGCUCCGCGGAUUGGUCUCUCUAUAAGCACAUAGAUUUCUCUAAGGUGUCAGCUCUGAAUGAAUCAAUUGCAGGAAGUGUAAAGUCAGUUUUUAAACCUUGGAAUCGUCGACUGGAUACUUCAGAGCAGGGCCUUUUGGAAAGCAAUGACGGUGACCCAGAGUUACUUGUUUUUAUCCCGUUUACAUCAGACGUUAAAAUAAAGAGCAUAUCUGUUGUUGGUGGUUCUGGUGGAACAAGCCCAUCAAAGAUGAGAGCGUUUAUUAAUCGAGAUGGUAUUGACUUUUCUGAUGCUCAAAAUAUGCAGCCUGUUCAGGAAUGGGAGUUGGCAGAGAAUUUGCAAGGAGUCUUGGAAUACCAGACAAGAUAUUCAAGAUUUCAAAGUGUGGCUAGUCUUACUCUGCAUUUUCCUGAAAAUUUUGGUGGGGAUACCACUCAGAUAUACUAUAUUGGCUUACGAGGUGAAGCUACUCAGUUGAAAAGGGACGUUGUAGCAACAAUUGUCUAUGAAGUUACGCCCAACCCAUCUGAUCACAAGACUAAAGCUGAUGGUGGUGGUGGUCUCUCACAUGUGGAAUGAAGAUUGACAGGGCCUCCAAUUCAUAUCACUGCGAGAAUGGAUUCAAAAUGACUUGCCUUUGCAGAGAAUUUAGCACCUGGUGGUGAAAAGCUGACAGAGUGUGUACUGAAAAAAAAAGCCGACAGAGAGGUACAGGAGGCCACCAAUGAUGAUUAGGGGUGAAGAUUUAUCAGGUCCUUGGGAACCCUGACCUGUUCUCUAGAUUAGGAUCUUGAAUUAGGUCUCAUCAGACUGGGUUCUAUCUCUACAGAAUCCUUUUGUUCCCCUAGCUUAUGGUUACUAGUUCUUCAUAGAAUGGCAGAAACAUAAGAAUUCAGCUGCUUUUGUAGCAACACUAAUUCACUUGUAAACUUGAGUCAACAAUUGAUAGUGGGUUUGGUGUCAGGUGUAAUUGGUUGGUAUUAAAUAGAAUAUCAGUGUGUUUUAAGAAACAACUUGAUUUCUAUGGAGAGAUUGUUAUCGAACAAAAUUGUUGAUGUUGCUGCAGCAUGUCAUUAUUGUGGCAGUGUUAUACAUUCAUCCAACCAUGAAA